GUAUACAUCACUUCUGCUGACCGUAUUUAAGACCCGAGCAGCGAGCUAAAUCAUCACGCAGUUUGACCGAGUGAACGUCAGACCAUUAAAAACAAAUCACUUACGUCAAAAGCCUUGGGUGACCUACUGAAGCCUUGAGACGCUGAGUGACCUACUAAAGCCUUGAGACGCUGUGUGACCUACUAAAGCCUUGAGACGCUGAGUGACCUACUAAAGCCUUGAGACGCUGAGUGACCUACUAAAGCCUUGAGACGCUGAGUGACCUACUAAAGCCUUGAGACGCUGAGUGACCUACUAAAGCCUUGAGACGCUGAGUGACCUACUAAAGCCUUGAGACGCUGAGUGACCUACUAAAGCCUUGAGACGCUGAGUGACCUACUAAAGCCUUGAGACGCUGAGUGACCUACUAAAGGCUUGAGACGCUGAGUGACCUACUAAAACCUUGAGACGCUGGGUGAGCUAGCAGUGACGUCAGCUAACGAUGAUCCACAAGGUGUGCUUGCUGUUAACGGUCCUGUUUGGCGGCGCCAUAUGUAUCCCAGCCUCACGUGCUGGUGAGUACAACCCUUGCGAGGGUCGGGCAGACGGCUGGGUGGCCGAGGUCUAUUGCUGGGGCUACAGGUACUGCCAGUCCAAUCAGCUGGUCAAUCAUACCUGCGCAGCUGGCGAAGUGUGGGACCGUGACACCAAGCAGUGUGUGCAGCCAGGUGCAGGUACCACGGACUGUGGUCUACAAUCGCCAUGUCUGGGUAAAGCUGACGGGUUUUAUCCGGAUUUAACUGACCACUGCAUCUCAUACUUCGUCUGCGCGGGAGAAAAAUUGCUGGGACGUCAGUACUGCCCAUCUAAUCUUGUGUUCGACGCUUCCAUUGACGCCUGUGACUGGAAAAGUAACGUGGCGUCACCUUGCGGAACCAAAGUCUGACGUCAUCCUACGUAAUAUGACGUCACCAUGCAGGAUCUGACGUCAUCAUUCAGCAUCUGAAGCCAUCAUUCAUGACUUUUCUGUCAUUUCCCCAACCUGAACAUUCAUCCGAUAAUUAUUUUUUUACGUUGUCUCAUUCAAACACAAUAAAAUAUUUCGUUGUUGU